AUGCAGGCCACCAAGGCCAUGGAAAGCCAGUCCAAGAUCGCCUCCAAGGGAAGCCCCCUGAGCCCCGAUGAGCACCGGCUGACCUCGCCGCCGAGCCUGCACCAGCCGGCGUCGACCAUCGUGGUUGCCAUCGACCGGGACCGCAACAGCCAACUGGCCAUGAAAUGGGUGGUGGACCACCUCCUCUCCGGCGCCUCCCAUAUCAUUCUCCUCCACGUGGCGGCCCACCCUCCUGCAGCCAACCCGUACUGCCUGCAGGUGCAAGAAUCGGAGGUGAUACUGGAAGAGGCAGACGUCCCCAAGGCCAUCAUAGACUACAUCACCGCCAACAAGAUCCAGAGCAUCGCGCUGGGCGCGUCCAACAGGAACGCAUUCACCAAGAAGUGGAAGAACCCCGACGUGCCCUCCAGCCUCAUGAAGGGCGCGCCCGACUACUGCAACAUCUACGUGGUCGCCAAGGGCAAGCCCGUCAACGUCAGGCUCGCCAAGUGCGGCGUGCCGGCCGACGACAGCGACUUCCUCCUCGCCACCUACUCCAGGAGGAGCUCCAGGAGCCAGCUGCCGCCGGUCUUGCCCGACUUUUUGUCCUCCAGCAGGCGCUCCAUCGACAGGCCCGAGCUCACCACGCGCCCGCCGUUCCGCGAGCGCCCCCUGCAGGCGUCCGCGACCAAGCAGCCCCUCCUUCUGUCGGGAAGGAUCGACAGCACCACGCUGCGCUCCAACUCCCACGACCCAUCCAGCCUCGACCCCGACUUCGCACAGGCCGAGCAUUUCUCCUCCAUGGACUUUGGCGAGAACAUGGACGCGCUCCCCCUCAGCCCCCGGGAGUCCGGCUCGCCCCUCUCCGCCCUUUGUUGGUACGUGUGCAAGGCCCAGCGCGAGGUGGAGGUGGAGAUGAGGCGGCUCAAGCUGGAGCUGAAGCAGACCAUGGACAUGUACAACGCAGCAUGCAAGGAGGCCAUCAACGCCAAGCAGAGGGCCAAGGAGAUGCACCUGCUCAAGAUGGAGGAGGCGCGGCGCCUGGAGGAGGCCCGUCAGUCGGAGGAGGCCGCAUUGGCGCUGGCCGAGAUGGAGAAGGUCAAGUGCCGGGCCGCCAUGGAGGCUGCCGAGGCCGCGCAGCGUCUCGCCGACCUCGAGGCACAGCGUCGCCGCAACGCCGAGGUGCGCGCGCGCCGGGAGGCCGACGAGAAGGUGCGCGCCCUCGACGCCAUCGCCAACCACGACUUCCGCUACCGCAAGUACAGCAUCGACGAGAUCGAGAUCGCCACCGAGGGCUUCUCCGACAGUCUCAAGAUCGGGGAAGGCGGCUACGGCCCCGUCUACAGCGCCAGCCUCGAUCACACUCCGGUCGCCGUCAAGGUGCUCCGCCCGGACGCCCAGCAGGGCCGGAAGCAGUUCCAGCAGGAGGUGGAGGUGCUCAGCUGCAUCCGCCACCCCAACAUGGUCUUGCUCCUCGGUGCCUGCCCGGAGUACGGCUGCCUCGUCUACGAGUACAUGGAGAACGGCAGCCUCGAGGACCGCCUGUACCGCCGCGGCGGCACGCCGACGCUCCCGUGGAGCCAGCGCUUCAGGAUCUCGGCUGAGAUCGCGACGGCUCUGCUGUUCCUUCACCAGACCAAGCCGGAGCCGCUGGUGCACCGAGACCUCAAGCCGGCCAACAUCCUGCUGGACCGCAACUACGUGAGCAAGAUCAGCGACGUCGGGCUGGCGCGCCUCGUGCCACCGGCGGUGGCGGACAGCGUCACGCAGUACCGGCUGACUGCCACGGCGGGCACCUUCUGCUACAUUGACCCGGAGUACCAGCAAACGGGCAAGCUGGGCGUCAAGUCGGACAUCUAUUCUCUGGGCGUGCUGCUGCUGCAGGUGAUCACCGCGCGGCCGCCCAUGGGGCUGACGCAUCACGUCGAGAAGGCCAUCGAGUCCGGAACCUUCGCACAGAUGCUGGACAUCACCGUCAAGGACUGGCCCGUCGAGGACGCGCUGGGGUUCGCCAAGCUCUCGCUCAAGUGCACGGAGAUGCGGCGGCGGGACCGACCGGACCUCGGCACCGUCAUACUGCCGGAGCUCAACCGGCUCAGAAACCUCGGCAUCGCCUACGACCAGGCGCGGGCCACCGUCCCUGCUGGCGACAGCAGCUCGCACGGGCAGGAAAGGGUUAGCUCACCGACGGCUGACGCGGGGUUGUGGAGAACGGCGGAAAGCUAG